GAAGCUCUUACAUCAAAAACAAACCAUAGUGUUCCUUUACCAUUUUAUGAAACGGAGCAUACAUUACUAUGGAACUCUGAAUCGGAUUAAUACUUUUGAGAUGACCAUUAUUGAAUGGAAGCUGGCGUUGUUUCUUUGGAGUUUCUGGAACAGGCUAUAGGUGAUUGCCUGAAGAUAAGUUGCUCAGAGUUGGCUUGUUGAUAAGAAGCCAGAACAGUUCUUACACCUCGGUGUGAGCAGUGCACCUCACAGCUCUUGUCAGGUCUGGCAUCUGUACACGUAUGUUGAAUCAACUACCGUCAUCACUUGAUUACUUCUGGGCAGGCAGGAAAGUAUGGAGAGACCGCAAGGCAGAACCAUGCACCAUACAGAAAAGUUUCAGCACAAUAAUCCGGAUGUUCGGCCUUGUAAAGAAUCGCUGUACAACAAGACACUGUCGUGGCUGCGCAACUUAAAACCGUGGACUAAAAACAGACUGGGUUCUUCUUCCCAUCUACCCGAGUCGAAGCAUUCUAGAAAAUAUUCUUCCAGUUCUCGUCUCUUUGAGAUUGGACAUUCAUCGAGAGUGGAAUCAGGAUAUAUCAGAGAAGAGGCCAGGUAUUUUAACGAAGAGGCCAGAUACCCCAAUGAAGAGGCCAGGUAUUCAAAUGGUGAGACCAGGUAUCCAAAUGGGGAGACCAGGUAUCCAAAUGGGGAAGCCAGGUAUCCAGAUGGGGAGGCCAGGUACCCAAAUGGAGAGGCCAGGUACACAAAUGUGGAGGCCAGGUAUCCAAAUGUGGAGGCCAGGUACCCAAAUGGGGAGGCCAGGUGUGCUAUAGAAUCGAGAUACCCUGUUGAGGAAACUCAACAUGUCAGUGCCGAAUGUAAAUACCCCAGUGGGGAAAUGCGAUACUCUGACGUCAACUCAAGGUAUAGCAGUGGAGAAAUGGGGUAUUCUAAUACAGAGUUCAGGCACAUGAAUGGAAACUCAAUAUUCCAUUCAUCAGAAUUCAGGUAUACUGGUGGAGCUACUGAUCACCACAAGACGAAAUCGAGAUUCAGUAUGGGUGAGUUGAAGAAGUAUCCAGGCGGUGAAUACAGACAUUCGUUUGUGGAAUUGUCAAAUGCCGACAUAGAGUUAAGAUAUUCUAAACUGGAGUCAAAAUACUGCUCUGAUUUGCGGAGCUCUGCUAAAAGUUCUAACAAUGUUCAUUCUACUGCAUCAAAAUCACCAAAUUCGUUGUCAGGCUUGAAAUGCAAGGAGUCGAAAAAGUAUUCUAUGAAAUCGUCAUCAAACUCAACCCUGCAAGUGUGCAAUAGCUCGUUCUACAAAGAUGCAUCACAGAGAAGUAGUUCCACACUACCAAGGGAUUCGAAACUUCUCGGAAUUGUGCAUGAAAAUCCAAGAAUAGGAUCUGAUGGCGAGAGUGAAUUGUCAGUGACGUCUGAUGAGAAGGAGGACAUUAUUUCACUCGGCUCCGUGAGAAUGAGGAACAAACAGCGUAGGUUCAGCGAGGAAGUAACAAAACGAUUGUCAUUACCAGCAGACAUUCGUCUUCCCGAGAACUUCUUGGCAAGACAGAAUUUAACACUGAGUCCAGAUGGAUCAAUGUCAAGGAGAUCAAGAAGAAAAUCUCUGUCUGAGAUAGGUUUUGGAAAAAUUGAAUCCUACACCAAGUUAGACAAGUUAGGAGAAGGUACCUACGCAACCGUUUUUAAAGGGAAAAGUCGUCUAACUGAUAAUAUUGUGGCCUUGAAGGAAAUCAGACUGGAACACGAAGAGGGUGCUCCUUGUACAGCAAUUCGAGAAGUUUCCUUGUUACGAGAUCUCAAACAUGCCAAUGUGGUCACAUUGCAUGACAUCAUUCACACAGUCAAGUCUCUGACACUGGUAUUUGAGUAUCUGGAAAAGGAUCUCAAGCAGUAUAUGGAUGACUGUGGAAAUAUUAUGAGCAUGAACAAUGUAAAAAUAUUUUUGUACCAAUUACUUAGGGGCCUGGCCUACUGCCAUGCACGACGGGUUCUACAUCGGGACCUGAAACCACAAAACCUUCUUAUAAACGAGAGGGGAGAACUCAAACUAGCAGAUUUUGGUUUAGCCAGAGCUAAAUCAAUACCCACCAAAACAUAUUCAAAUGAAGUAGUAACAUUAUGGUACAGACCUCCAGAUGUGUUAUUAGGCUCAACAGAAUACUCUACACAUAUCGAUAUGUGGGGAGUGGGUUGUAUAUUUUAUGAAAUGGCAUGCGGCAGGCCGCUGUUUCCAGGCUCGACGGUUGAGGAUGAACUUCAGUUGAUAUUCAAAACACUGGGGACUCCCACCGAGGACACAUUCCCGGGAAUAACACAAAACGAGGACUUCAUCGCUUUCAACUUCUCACACAUGGAACCUGAAUCACUCUUCAAUAUAGCUCCUAGACUAGAUCCAGAUGGACUGGAUUUACUUGCCAAAUUUUUAAAGUUUGAAGGCAAAUGUCGAAUAUCAGCAGCCAGUGCUCUAAAACAUUCGUUUUUCAACUCACUCGGUCCAAGCGUUCACAUGUUGCCAGAUACUGUCUCAAUAUUUACCAUUCCUGGUAUCUCACUACACCGUGACCCAGGCAUGAGGUCGGCCACUCUAGCAACAACAGGAAAGCUCAGGAGACAGAGUAUGUUGUUUUGACGAGAGUGGAUCUUAAGGGGGUCCAACAGGAACACUAUAUUUAGAUGCUGCUACUGCCUGUACAGAGGGCUGACCAAGCUGUAUACCGGUGAGAAGUGGGGGGCCACCUCGCAGUAUUGUGUCACUUUUACCGGUGACCCAUGUGCACACACUGUAGAUCUGGGUGGUUGUCCACGCGCACACCGACUUGUAUACACGGGACUGCAGAACUGAAUGGUUGUGUCACACCCACACUCGCAUACACUCACGUAGGACUCUCCGUAGUGUGGAUGAUAUGAUGUCAUUGGUGAACAUUUUCUCCCAAGUCUUCAAAUACCAGACCGACUUAGUUGGCCAUGAGCUAAUGGAAAUGAUGAGCUUAUUUUCCUAUUAGCUAAUGGAACUGAACUGCCGAGACUACUGGAGACAAGCUUAGUGCUAUGAGCAGAUGGAAAUGGACUGCAAUGACUGUACAAAACAAGCUUAGUGCAUUGAAGAGAUGGAAAUGGACUGCAAUGACUGUACAAGACAAACUUAGUGCCAUUAGGAGAUAGAAGUGGACUGCACUGAAUACACAAGGACCAGAUUACCGGUAGUUGGCCAUUAAUUAGAUAAUGGAAAUGGAAGGCAGUAACUAUACAAGGACCACACCAGUCUCUCUUGGCUGAUGUUAGCGGGCAGAAACAGACUCUGACUUCUCUAGCAUCAUCAGCUUACAUUGCAUUUUCUAGUUGCCAAGGGGAACAACUCUAAUUUUUGUGUUUUGAUUUUUUUUUUUUAACUCAACCACAACAGUUCAGAAAUAUUCUAUAUGAUAACAAGUCAUGUGAACAACUAACUUCUGAUGUUCAGUUACUAUACUUAAUAUGUAUGAUAGUGUAUUUAUUUAAAGUGAUUCCUUUGUAAUUUAUUUUUAUAAAAAAAAAACACAUGAAAAAUACAUUGUGAUAUAUUGAAAAACAACAAUAUGACUGAUAAAGGGAGACAACUCUGUGACUUGACCAAACUUCUGCUGGCAGAAAUGAAUUAUUAAGGACUAUGUAACCUAGAACAAGCUAGUAUGACCGAAAUCUAAUAUUACUUUCCACUCUUCCACUGGCUCUGAUCAGCUCUCAUGUCUUUUAGUUUUAUUCAAUUUACCUACAAAAACGUGAUCUUGAAAAGGAAGGUAGCCUUUAUGUAAAAGUAAAAGAUAUGCAGCUGUAUACAGAAAGAACUAUUCUAAAGUGCCCUUUAUGUUUAAUUGGUUGUUAUACAAGGUGCCUGUUAUGACUGAUUAGACUAUAAAUACAUGGCUAUUUGUAAGUGUUUUGAUUGGCUGUCAAAGGUGGUGCUGUCACAUGGGAAGUUACGAGAAACUACAGGACAUCAAGAUUUGUCAUGAAAGUGGUGGAAUAUAAAAUUAGAUUUCUAUUCAGAUAAGCAACAUGCAUGAAGAUGAGUGAUAAUUAAUUUUAAUUAAAAUGUGUAAACAGCUCUUGUUGAAGAUUGUAUACAAAUGAUUAUUAUUUUAUUAUUUUUUCCACGCCCUAUUCAUUGUGAUGUAUUCAUACAACCAUGUAGUCACAAUAACAGGGUAUUCUGUGAUCGUCAAAUACAUAAAACACAUGAUUUUCAUUCUAAUAUAGUAGGGGCAUUAGUAGGUUGUGUAGGUGGGCAUUUUUGGUAGCUGUUCUAUCCAGAAUCUAUGGUGAUACUUUCAGUACUAAUAUUAGACAGCAUUAAAAAGUGACUGAGAAUUUAGAAUUUAAAAUACAAUGUUAGUGUGUGGAGAGUUAUUGUCUAUUAGAUCGUGAUAUCUAUUUAAAAAUAAAAGAUGAAAUAAGCUUUAAAAAUCUGAAACUAUACUAUAGUUAAACAAAGUUUUUUUUCAGCAUUUCAGAUCAAAUUCAGUCUACUUAGUGGAAAUUAUUUUAUACAUCAAAAGCAAUAAUCCUAUAAAAUGAUUUAAAAUUCAUGUCUGGUCUCUUCAGAGAAAUAAAUAAUAAAUAUUUUUUUAAAAGUCUUAAUUGGUUUGUAAAGCCGGUUAUCCUGUCUAGCAUUUUUGGCUUUGUUUUGAGUAAAGAUAAUUUGUUGUAUGGUGUUGUGUGUUGUAGAUAGAUAGCCUAGUGUGCCUGAGCUAAUGUGUGCUAUGUGAUAAUAACCGAGUCGUGGGCUUUUCUAAUGUGUUACGUGUAGCAAAAUGCCUGUGUGCUUUAUAGCCUUUGCUAGCCAAUAGACUGGAGUGUUACAUAGAUCCGUAACCAUUGGAAACACACAUCCCCCCCCCCCCAAGUUAUUACCAUAUAUUUAUUGCAAAAAAACUAUGUAGCCAGUUCCAAGAAAUUAGGUGGGUUUUGUUUUUGGCAUUUACUAGUCAUGCUGUUAAUAUUUGUAUUGCGUCAUUAUUCUUUUCCAGAGUAAAAAACAGAUGUUCAGUUAUUCAUACAGCUGUAAUUUGUUCUUUUAUUGCUGUUGCUGUUUUGUCAGAUUAGAGCAAUUUGCUCAACAGUGCUAGAACUCAAUAAUUUGCCUAGCACUGGCAGAAGCCAAAAAUUAAUAAAAUCCUGGAAUGUUUUCUGCAGUUACAGAGUUAAAGACUUCUUUGCAUUAACAAACAAUAUGACUUGAUCUAGUGCAAGUGUAAUUCACAAUUUUUUUUUUAUCUCAUUCCUAGGUACAUGUAUAUAGGAUAGAGCUAACCCAUGAAAGCAAGCUAUAAAGAUGUUUCUAUCUUUCAUAUGGUAUAUGUAUGACAUCAUUGCAUUUAACAUGGAGAGUAUUAUGCCGAUUGUAAUGUAUGUCAUAUUAAUGCAAGUUGGUGAUCAGAUAUUUUUUUUUAAACUCUCCAUUACAAAAGCUAACUUGUUAAUUUGUAGUGUUAAAUUUUAUUUACGCACAAUAAAUAUGAUAGUGCAGUUUAUUUAUAAUAAAAUGGUCAAGUAAAAAAGUUACUUUUUUAGCCAUCUAUGUCUUUCGAAAUUUCCUCCACCUCGGAUGGACUUUUUCUGUCCUAAAUGACUGUAAGUAAUGGAGUCUUAUAGUCGUUCACCUACAAUCUUCGGAUCUUAGAAUUAGUCCUGUAAUAGCAAAGUAAGAAACUUUGUUUUGCUGUUUUAGGAUCAUAAAAUUUGACCUGUAAUGCCAAAAGUAAGUUUUGUAUUGCAUUAAUAAAAUGUGUCUUAUAAUGGAAAAAUGCAAUGUUUCGUUUUGCAGUAACAGAUUCUGUCCCAUAAUGAGAAAAAUUGAAGAUUAUGUCCCACAGUGACAGAAUGCAAAAAAAUUGAUCUUGCUUAGCAGAAUCUCAGGAAUUUUAUACUUUGUGGGGAUGAAUGACUUGUUUUUAACUGUCACAACACCAAACAUGUUCUUGAUUUGGUAGAACAGAGUGUAUGAUAAAGUACAUGUACUUGUGCCUCUAAAGCAGAAUCCUACUUACGCUGCAUUAUAAUCUGUGGGUUGAUAGUGCAGAAUCAAACAUGUGAUUUAAGAUUAUACACCUUAUUCUCAUUCAUACACAAAAUAAAAACAACAGCAUGAACUGGACAAAACAUUUUCACUGAAGUACCAUGAAUGAGGCAUUUAUUCAGGAAAUUGUUUUCUUUUGUUAUUUUAUCCAUGACAAGCAUUUCUAUGAUUUUUUUUUUUUUUUUAAUUGGACGAUAUAAAACAUGAUUGAAUGAUGUAAAUUUUUAGAAAUAUAUUUACACAAUAACUUAUAUCUGGUGUUGAGUUAUUUAAUUUUACCUUACAUAUUCUCAAGUUUAGAAAAUGAUGAAUGUACAGAUUAUUGAAAAUUAUACAUUUUUCAUUUUUGAUUUUAGUUGUUUCAUCCAAUAUUGUUAUUUGAUACCUUCAUAAUAUUUAUUUCACAUGGUCAAACACUUGCAGAUCAUCAUUAAAUAAACUGAUUUCAGUAAUGUUUCAUGUUUUAUUGAAGAUUUGUUUUUGUGUUUUUAAACAUGUUACUCUUUCAAAGCAAAUAUUUAUUAAUUUAAUUUUGAUACCUUCACAAAUGAAAAAAGAAAGCUGUUGUUUCGUAUUAUCAGCGGAAGUAGAAAGGUAUGUGAAGAUUUUUUAAAUUGUGCACAAGUCUUCACUUGUAUCCAUCCAACAUGUAUGUUACAACGGUUACUGUGUCUGAAAAGGGUUAAGUGUUACUUUUAGGGACCUUUUAGAUGGGACCAUACAGUCAGUGUAUUGGAUUAACCAGCCUGGAAGUUUCAGAAAUGAUCAAAUGGGUUGUGGGAAGCAAUUCAUUUAGUGUGUAUAAUAGGUUUGCUCAAUUUUUUGACUAGUUGGAUGGUGGGGUAAAAGGAAAGAAAUCUCUUUAAUGACAUCCCAGCACAUUUUUUUAAUCAGUUCGCUGUUAUUGUUUCAGAUUUAUAUCAAUUAGGAAAGGAAGGAAAUGGUUUAUUUAACAACGCAUUCAAUGCAUUUUAUAUACGGUUAUAUGGCGUCGGAAAAUAUAUAUCAAGACAUUCGAUCCAGAUAAUUAAGAAAAAAAUAAAAUGAAGUAAAAGAAAAUGAAAAGAAAAACCCUGCUACUUCCACAAGUUACUCUUUGAUUAGCCACAGGCUGUUAAUUUUUUUUUUUUGAAAUAUGUAACCCAUUGCAUCCAUGUAAAUGAUGUAAAUUUAAUGUGAAUAAAAAACGUGUUCUACAAAAUUAGAUUUACAUGAUCGUUCUCACAAUUACCAGAGGCCCAAGUCAUAAAGGAUCUUGAACAACACAUGCCAGUUUUUGUUCAGGCAUUGCAGCCAUUGCAGUUUUAUUGGUGGGAACUAAUGGUGUUCAACUUCUGAUUAAUAAAAUUCAACAAGCAUUGUUCUCUUGACGAAGUUAUCGAGUAAGAGAUCCAUGUAUAGGUUAGAAGGCAUUAACUUGAUUAAGAUGUUUCUUAUUUCUGAAGAAACAUCUUGAGCCUUUUAAACAAUUUAGAUGGCAUUUCAUAGGUUGAUUACUUGAUAUGGGUUGGGCAAGCGUCCUUGCAUGUUCACGCCAGUUGUUCAGACAUCAUUCAUACAGCUCUUGGCGAUGAUGUAUGGCCAGUUGUGUCGAAGUAAUUUCGAUCACUUGACUUGUUAUUAAAGACGACUUUUUGGUGUUUCUUCACGAGUAAGACAAUCAAAAUGCUGAUAUCCGAUUGGUUGAAUUGGAGAGAAACCAAGGAAAUGCUGUCUAAGAUAAACUUACCUCCCUUCUGUAACUGUGGUUCUUGGUUCAACAUGUAUAAAUUAACUGUUGUACAUGUAUUCAGUUCAUUUAUUCUUUAUUCUAAGGCUGAUAAUGAAAUAUUUAGUUCAUACACAACUUAUGCACAUUUUAUUAGUAAUACAUAUUUAUGUGAGGCAAUGAUACUUUGUAAUAAAUAUAAAACUUUAAAUUAUGUGUUCAACAAAAGCUGGAAAAAAAUUAAACUAAAGUAAAUCCCAAUUUAUCUGUGAGUUCUUUAUUAUUUAAUAGUUUAUAUAUAGAAAAGAAAAAAAAUGACGCCUCAGAAUAGAUUUGAGUUCCCCAGAACUAUAGUAAGUCAGUUAUUAAUCCAUCAUUGGUUGAUUGCUCACACUUUUAUGAUCAUUUCUGAAAUGGCUAUUGAAAAUGUUUUUGUUUGUACCACACAAUUCAAAUAUUCUAAAUCUUAUAUAGAUGGUCAUUUAUGUUAAAAAUUAAACUGUAUAAGCUGUACUGAGCAAUUAUUAGGCUGGUUUUUUUUUUUACUUAUGGGCACUAUUUAUACAUCAUCCCAAAUUUUUAUUUGUCCCACUUCAAUAUUUGUACAAUAUGUUUCUGCAGAUGUGUAACAAGAUUGUGAAUUUAUAACCAGAUUUCAACAAAACUUACACAGAUAGCUCAACAUGUUUUAAAACUUUGUGACCUUCUUUUAAGUAAAACUGAAAUAAAAUAAAUAAAUAAUUAUUUGUCAGUAUAUUUUAAGAGCUUGUACCAGUAAAUUAAAUUUAAAUUUGUCAAGUGUAAAACAAAAAUAUAACAAACACAAUUUAAGCAAAGGAUUAAUAAAUUGAUUUGUUGAACAUGUGGACUAUUUGUUUAGAAUUUUUUUUUUUUUUUUAACUGAUGUGAACAUUAAAAUAAACCUAAAUAAUAAUGAUCUUGAGUUAAUUUCUAUCAAUACAUAUAUUCAAAAGUAUUAAACUGCUAACCUCGUUUUUUUGCUAUUAAUAUACACAUUAGUUUUAAAAAAUUGUUUAAAUUAUAAAUUUUGGCAAAUCCAUUUUUUUUUGUUAAAUUGGUGUUAUAGUAAUUAAAAUUUUCAUCGAAAACAAAAAAGGUACAUAACUCGAGCAUUCAAAUCAGCAGCUGCUACUCUGGUAAUCGACAACUGAAUCAUUUAAACAUUAUGAAAAUCUGUAUGGAUAGAUAGAUAUAAACUAAAAAUCCCUCUUAAUGAAUUAUUUUUGGUUUUGUUUUACAUUCAUCGUAGUUAAUUUUUCUUUGAAAUUCAGUAAAUUUCUUUAUCACUUGAUUAACCAGCUCCAUGAGACUGUAAUGGACCAUUUGUUUCAGAAUAUUGCUUUGAAAUGUCAUGUGGUCUUACAUGAAGCACUUGCCAGUCUGUUGUCGAAUUUGAUUUCUUGUUUUAUUAAUCUAGGUUUGUUUGAGGGGUUUUUGGGGGGGGGGGGGGGGGGUGGGUUACGGAUGUGGGUGGUGUUUUUUGAGACUGAAAAUAAGCUAACAUACAUUAUUAUUAUUAUUAUUAAUUUUUUAAUUAUUUAUUUCUUUGUUGGUACAUGUAUAUAUAUCUGGUAAUCUCAUGUUGUAACACAUCGAUUGUUUUCUCUCGUGUCCAGUGCCCUAGUAUCUAUGCAUGAUCCAAGACAACAAAUGACUGUUACUAUGAUAGUAUGAUUGGUUUCUUUACAUUGCUAUUCACAUAUUUGUUUUAAACCACAGUAUAUUUCAUGGUAAUCAAAUGAUGAACAUGUUAUUCGUUAUAAAACAUCUUUCCAGCAUUUUCUUAUAUUAAAAUUGUGCACUGUACACUGGAGGGGUUGGGGAAACUGGGGAAUGUGCUGGAGUUGUUAUGUACUGUAUUAUGUUACCAGAUUGUUGCUCAGAUAUACAAUUCAUAGAGCUCCAAUUUAUUUUUUUGUUAAAAACUAAUUUAUUUUUCUCAAUAGUGCAUCCUUUUAAAAAGGUUUUUUAAAAUGUAAAUUUCAGUAUGUAAUUAAAAAAAAAUGUAAAUUUUAAUUGUUAUAAACUUGUAUAGGACAAACAGUCAUUUUUUCUUAUGCAUUCACAAUUAUGUACAUAUGUAAUUUGUUAACCUAGUCUUUUAAUGCUUUCUGUUGCAGACAGUGGUCUCUGCUGAAUGAAAAUAGCCUACAGUGAUUUGUGUACAAUGAUAGACACACAAAUAAAACCUUUGCUUUCUGUUUAUGUCCAGCUGUUUCUGAUAAAGGGCCAAUCUAUGUAUUUGUUCAGCCCCCCAUACAUAUCAAAAUUUAAUAAAUCCAGUUGGAGAGAUGCAUGGUAUAAUAUUUGAAUCAGUUUAUUUCACCAAAAUCGGGAGUAGAGAUAUUAGCGCUAUUAAUUGUGUAAUGCCAGUACUUGUUACUUAAUAUGUAAUGAAUGAUGUUUUAAAUGCUCAACUCUUGAAUAUAUUAAAGACAUAUUUAACAAAAAUUCAGUGCUAAAUUUACGAAGUCUGUUUUUCUUAAACGCAGCCAAUGCCAAUUUACUUGAUAACAAACCUUGAUAAUAUGGUAUUAUAAGGUUAUUAUAUUUUACAAUGUUGUUUGCAAAAUAUAAUUUUAUUGUACGAGUUCAUGUUGUGAAAAUUCAUACUGUAAACAACAUUGUACAGUAACCUUUUUAUUACACUUCUCACAAGUAAAUUAUUAAUUUCACAGUAGUAAAUUUUGAUUUGUACAUGCACAAACAAUAUGGCUUAUGCAUCUAGUGUGUCUUUUAGUGUACAUAACUGGUAAUUAUUGUUCAGUCACCAGGGCCGUAGCUAGCAGGGGGGCAGUUACCCCCCCCCCCCCGAAAAAAUUCGGAAAGCAUAAAAAGUUAAAGAAAAGGAGUUUUAGAUUAACUACUCAGUUGCCCCCCCCCCCCCAACAAAAAAUCCUAGCUAUGGCCCUGGUCACAUGGUAUAAAUGAAGCAAUUUAAUUUGAACAGAUAUACAGAUGUAUAAUAAAUAUUAACAUGACAAGUGUAUUUAGUAAUAUCUUGUUUGAAUGCCUUUUCAUUUAAUCUCGAUUAACAGUUUUCCACCUUAUGUGCUUAGGUAAUAGUUAAUUGCUGCUGCAUAGUGCAUGUUUAAUGAAAGUUUGUUCCUCUCUUUAUUUUAAUUAGAUGAAAAAUUGUUAAGACUGGAUGAACUUUUAAGCUUGGACACAUCUUCAAUGUGAACAAGCCACACAUUAUUUAUAUACUGGUACUUUUUUUUCUUGCUUUUUUAAAAAACAUUUGUUAGUUUUGUUACAUUAAAAUUCUCCCUCUCCCACCCCUCCACUAACCAGACUGUAUUUGUUUCUUGGACUGAAAGUCUGCUAUCAAGAUUAAUGUAUAGGUUCAUUUUAAAAAUAUAUAUUGACAAUUGGACCAAUUAAUGUCAAAAUAUUUUUGUUAAUUAACCUAUACUAUUACCUUGAAAUGUAAUAAAUUCUUCCAAGAUUUUGCAAGCACAAAGUUUGAUCUUGCGAAGAAUUCACUUAAGAUUCUGUCAAGAACAAAGAAAGAAUUCUACUGAAGAUCACCUGAUAAGAAAAGUUGAAUGUUUUUCCAUGUCUGUGUUCUGUAUAUUCCCACAACUUGUUUCAUCACAAUACAUGUAUUGUCAGACAUCAAUAGGUGCUAGGUGGGUGGAAUUGUCAGUGAAACUGAAGAUAUAAAUAAAUGUUUACAUGGA